AUGACCAUGCCUGUGAAGAUCAAACCAUCUCUGAAAAUCUGCAUGAAUAAAGCCAUGAUUAAGCAAGCAGAUGCUAGCUGUGAAGCUGCUGCAGUGCAUUCUGGGAGUCUCACAGUUGGAGCUGUUGAAGUGUGUUUGACCAAAGCCAGACUUCCGGAGAGUUUGAUUCGUUCAUUCACGGACGAACCGUUCAGAGGCUCGGAGACGCACGCGCGCGCUGAUGAUCUACAGACGCUCCACAACAACAUCAGCUUCCUGCGACAACAGAUGGCUCUUCUGCGCGCCAUCGACGUCACACUGAUGCAUCAGCUGCUGUCCAUCAACGAGGGCAUCGAGUCGAUCCGCUGGGUGAUGGAGGAGCGCGGGGGCGGGGCCAGCCGCGAGGGCAGCGUGACGGACAGCUUGUGCAGCCUAUCAGACGGCGCGGAGUCUGAGCGCGGCUCCUGCAGCGACGGGCUCGACGGGAUCUCGCUGGGCAGUUAUCUGGACACGCUCGGGGAGGACGAACCCGAACGCUCCUCGCCCGCAGACCUCUCCAGAACCGGCAUGGACGAGGAGACGCUCACGAAAUCUCCUCUACGGCCUCGCGUGGAAACCGACGAGUACUACUGCUUCGGAUAGCGCUAACGUGUGCUUGAAUAAAGACAUCUGACCCGAAUCCAAAUGGAAAGCAUAUAUAUGACCCUGGAGCACAAAACCAGUCAUAAGGGUCAAUUUUUUUAAAUU